CCUCUCAGCGGUCGUUACGGUAAUCCUGACAGCAGCUCCGGGUGUCAGCUGAUCCUCCUCUGCUGGCGAGCGAGGAGGAAAAUCCUCUGAAGGCAAACGGCGCUUGCUCGGUAGGCGACACCAUGGCUGCAGAGAUUCACUCCAGGCCCCAGACGGCCAGACCGGUGCUCCUCAACAAGAUCGAGGGCCACUCGGACGCCGUCAACGCGGCCGUCCUCAUCCCGAAGGAAGACGGAGUAAUCACGGUCAGCGAGGACAGGACCAUCCGCGUGUGGCUGAAAAGGGACAGCGGUCAGUACUGGCCGAGCAUCUACCACACAGUCUCCUCGCCGUGCUCUUGCAUGUCGUACCACCACGACAGCAGACGCAUCUUCAUAGGUCAGGACAAUGGUGCUGUUGUGGAGUUUCUCAUCUCGGAAGAUUUCAACAAGAUGAACCACGUCAAAACAUACCCAGCUCACCAGAACCGCGUGUCGGCUAUGGUGUUCUCCCUGGAGAGCGAGUGGGUGGUGAGCACAGGCCAUGACAAGAGCGUCAGCUGGAUGUGCACCCAGAGCGGCAGCAUGUUGGGGAGACACUACUUCACCUCCUGGGCCUCCUGCCUGCAAUACGACCACGAGACGCAGCACGCCUUUGUGGGCGAUUACUCCGGACAGAUCACUUUGCUGAAACUGGAGAAGCAGACGUACUCAAUCAUCACGACGCUGAAGGGCCACGAAGGGAGUAUAGGAACCCUGUGGUGGGACCCUGUCCAGAGGCUGCUUUUUUCAGGGGCCUCAGACCACAGCGUCAUCAUGUGGGACAUCGGGGGCCGGAAGGGACGGACGCUGCUUCUGCAGGGACAUCACGAGCGCGUCCAGGCGCUGCGUUAUCUCCAGUUCACCAGGCAGCUGCUGUCGUGCUCGGCCGAUGGAGGCAUCGCCGUGUGGAACAUGGACACACAGAGAGAGGAGGCGCCUCAGUGGUUAGACAGCGACUCGUGUCAGAAGUGUGAGCAGCCGUUCUUCUGGAACAUCAAGCAGAUGUGGGACAAUAAGACCUUGGGACUGAGACAGCACCACUGCAGGAAGUGUGGGAAGGCCGUGUGCGGGAAAUGCAGCUCUAAACGCUCUACCUUCCCCAUCAUGGGCUUUGAGUUCCCGGUGCGGGUGUGCGACGCCUGCUUCGACACCAUCAAAGAAGAAGACCGAACGCCGUUGGCCACGUUCCAUGAGGGGAAGCACAACAUCGCCCACAUGGACAUGGACCCAUCCAGAGGCCUGAUGGUCACUUGUGGAAGUGACCGCAUUGUUAAGAUCUGGGACGUGACACAGGUGGUUGGCAGUAGCCUAGCAACAGGCUUCUCCCCACGCUGAUUGGCCCAGCCCACUACACGGUACCCUCGUCUGACUCGAGCCCCCCCCCCCCCCC